AUUGCUUCCCGGUCCUCGCUUUGACCAAAUAUUUCCACAUUCUCUCAGUUUCCCAACAUUAACCACUCUGUCUCUAAAGCACCUCGUCUUUGGUUGCAAUGAUGAUGGUUGUGUUGAUCCUUUUUCCACAUUCAACAUGUUGACUACUUUGAUCAUUGACAAAUGUGUACUUGUUGACAAUGCACAAAACCUUCGCAUUUCAAGUACCAAGCUUGUCAAUUUAACUAUAUGUGUGUAUGAUUUCUUGUCUGGUUGCAAUCCUAGAACUGCCGAUUUCGAAAUCUAUUUUGGAAUCGAGUUAUAUGCUCCAACACUUCAUACCUUUGAUUUUACCGGUGGUCAUUAUAUUCCAAAACUUUUUGGGAGCAAGACCGCUCUCUCUUCUAUCAAACAUGUGAAUAUAAAUUUAAAGCAAACUAUGGAGGAUAGCUUUUGGGAGAACCCAUCAAUUCUAUUCAACUGGUUGGUUAAUCUUGUUAAUAUCGAAUCAUUGACCAUCACUAAACCUGCUCUUCAGGUUCUUUCCUACGCUCAUGAGGAUUUAUUGAAGGUUGACUUCCCUUCCUUGUGUAACUUGAAGUCACUGAAAUUUAAUCAGAUCAUACGUCCUCCAUUGGUGACUGUCAUUGACUUUUUGCUUCAAAACUCACCUUCUGCAAAGGUUGACUUCAGCUCGUCGUCUCUUUGGACAAGAUGGUGAAGGAUACCGAAGUUUUUCAAAGUAUGGAUGCAUUAUUACAAGAACACUUUUGCUUAUUUCUCUACUUGCUAGACUUAUUUAUGGGUGUCUUAUGAUCCACGUAACCGACCCGACUUAGAGGGAUAUGUGGUUUGGUUGUUUUUAGUUGACUUGCUAGACUUUUUUAUUUUCUUGCAUUUUACUAUAUUAUUAUUUUUAGUUGUCUCGAGAAUUUUUCCUUUAAUUAUAGUUUUAGGCAUCAUCGACGACAUUAGUGUAUUUUAGAUGAGGGAGAACGGUGGAUGAAUGAUCAAAGUAAAUUAUUUAGAUGAAAGAGAAUUAUUGGCUAA